AUUGCUGACCCUGAGGCCUGUGACCAAAUGUACGAGAGCUUAGUCAGAAUCCACACCAACUACUACAAAAACAAGUAUCCGCGCCUGAAAGACACAAGCUUCACUGGAGUGACAGUAGAAGACUGCAAGAUGAUUCUAGCAACAGACAUUCUGAAACAGAUGGAAGACAUGAAAAAAGGGACAUGGAAAAAAUUGCGAGAAAAGUUUUAUGCCAAGAAACCUGAAGAGGACUCGAAGUGA